UUAGGUUGGAAACACGGUCAGUUAACUCAGUGAAUGAGUGGGUCAUUUACUCAUUUAUUAUAAAACGUGUCCCCAAAACAAAAAGAUUGAAAAGUUGAUAAUUCUAAUUCCAAUACGAAUAGUAAUAGAUUUAGAAAACCACACGUUAAUAAAUGGGCCCCAAUACGAAUAGAAUUUAAGAAACUUCAAAUAAUUAUUUGUAUAUAUAUUAGGUUGACCGCGUUCCUAGCCUAAACAAACCCAUUAUAACCAUACACGUUUUUUCAUAAUAUAAAAACUUUCCUUUCAAAUUGAAUCUCAAUUCUCAUAUAACAAAGAAUAUUCUUCUUCAACUGUUUUCUCUUUUAAUUUUGUUUGUUUGGAUUGUUAAUUAACUAAUUAAUUAAUGAUUGCAAACGCAAGAUCAAGUAGUUGUUGCAGAGGCAUGGAGGGUAUUGCUAUGCCACCAGAGAAUAAGAGGUUGAAUAUAGAGGCUUCUAGUAGUAACCCAUUAUCUGCUAUAGCCGAUGCCUUUGAAGAUUUGUCUAACCUCAUUAUUAACCAUCAGAUUCAUCAUCAUCAUCAUCAUGAUCAUGAGUGUUUUCGGCUGAGAUUAGAUACCUUUUCUGAAGCUUGUUCUCUUAUUUCCUUUCUCUUUGGUUGUCUUGGCUUAGCUUUCAAAUUUGCCGAGUGUGAAUACGUCUCUAAGGUACAUAAUCUUAUUGAAGCAUCGAAGACACACGAGACUUUACAUAGCAUGUUAGAUUGUGAUGUAGCAAAUCAUACAGUGAAAACAUCAGGAAGCAAUUCACGUAAUUUAAGACGAGUUAGACAGGGUCUUGAUCUUAUCAGAGCUUUGUUUGAGCAAUUUUUGUCCAAUGAUGAUUAUUACUUAAAGGGUGCUGCUUCAACAGCUUAUGCUCAGGUGUGUGCACCAUACCAUUCAUGGGCUAUUAGGACAGCAGUUGCUGCUGGAAUGUAUGCUCUCCCAACCAGAGAACAACUUUUGUUGAAGCUCAAUGAAACAAAUCAAUCGGCAGAGAACAAAAUGAGAAGGUACAUUACAGCCUCAAUUCCAAUUAUUGAAUACAUCGAUAAGCUCUACAUUUCAAGAAAUAUCAAGUUGGAUUGGUGACUUAAUUCACUUGCAAUAUUAUUAACAGAAUUAUAUAUAUAUAUAUAUUUUAAUGUUAGAAGAUGUCAAGUUAAAAUAUAUAUGGCUUUGGUGGAUAUCCAAAAUGGUCAUUUUUUUAGUUGUGUUGGCUGUUGAAUUGAAUAUUUUCAUAGCAUAGUGUACUUUUAAAAGUAUAAGGAUAUAGGUUGGUAUUUUUGUAAAUCAUGGAAGUUAUCCAUAUGAACUUAGAAGAGAAAAAAACAAAGGGCACACUUAGGCAUGUUUAGUAACCAUUUUGUUUUUAGUUUUUUUUUAGUUUUAUUUAACAAAAGUUUUUAGUUUC